CGCCGCCGCCGCCGCCGCCAUUACACGGGUGCCGGAGGGAGAGAGGGGGUGAGGGACUUGAGGGUGAGGCUUGGGCCUGUGUCGCGCGCGCGCUCUUCUAGGCGGGCCGUUGGGCUUGUGACCGUUGGUCCGGGCCUCCCCCUCCCCUCCCCCUCUCUCUCUCUGCCCCCCUCAGUACCGUUGGCUUGUCUUUUUUUUUUUUUCCCUUUCCCCCCUUCCUUCCUUUUUUUCUUCUUCUUUCCCUCCCUUUGGGCCGGUCCAGCCUGGACCACACCGCCCUGGCCACGCCGCCCGGCGCUGCUCCCUUCUCCCACAACUGAGCGGGCGGCUGGCCAGAAUGGAGGACAAGAGCUUCACCAAGGAGCUGGACCAAUGGAUCGAGCAGCUCAACGAGUGCAAGCAGCUGAGCGAGAGCCAAGUGCGGAGCCUCUGCGAGAAGGUGCGUGACCGGGGGGGGGGGCGGCCCGGAUCCUACCGAAAUAAAACCUGAGAGGAUCACUAGAGAGAGGAAGGAGGGGGGGGGAGCUGAAAAUGACUCGGGCAAAAGGUUUUGACUUCUCCCUUUGCCAGUAAAACGGGUCCUGGGAAACCAAGGAGACAGUUUUGAGAAGGCUAAAGGUGGAGAGAGUUCUUUGGAAAGGGCUGUCAAGGCUGUGUAAAAGUACCCCCCCACACACACACAAAAAGACAUUUGCAUAUAGCAAUUAGAUUAAAAGCGAAGCUAACAGUAAUGAAGCCAGUGGAGUAUAUCAAUGUCAUACUUUAAACCUAGGCUUUGCCUUUCUUGGACUGUGGCUGUCUCUGCCCCCUGCGAAUUUCUCUCCAUCCUCACCAUUCUUCGCACUGUUAAGAUCUUGGUGCCUGGGGCCUGGUUUGAAACCUUGCUGUGUUCCUGGCAAAGGGCACUGUGGAAUUGUAGGGAACGUUACAAUUUGCUCUCCUCCCCCGGUGUAAUUCACUCUUCCCCGCGCGCUCGUGGGGAGACGGAAGUGUUGCGAAGGGUGGGGGCCACAGCCAGAUGACCGCAACUGUAUUGUUGCUUUUCCCCAACAACAACAAAACAAAAACCCACGAUGCUCUCAGCACCGGAUUUCCUGCAGUAAGAGGUUGCUUUUGCCACUCUUACGCAUACUGCCCCACAGAGUAUGCGUCCACAGCAGCGGGUUCUGUUAUAAUCCAGGUAUGAGCCACAGUACUGUAUCAUCCCAAGUACUCAGUGGAUGAUGCAGUGCUUAUGUGGCCACUACAUUUUGAAUGUAUGUAUCAGACAUGUUUUAGAGCGUUGUGCAAAAUAGCACCACUUUGUUAAAGUGCUUUGUCACUUUGAAGAGGAAAAAAUGGCUUUAUGACACAGUUCUGUAUAUUCCUUUACCUCCAUAGCUGUCAACGUUUCCCUUUUUUUAAGGGAAAUUCCCUUAUUCCGAAUAGGAUUCCUCGCAAGAAAAGGGGAAAGUUGACAGCUAUGCUUUACCUCCAAUGAUGGCGUUAUCCUCACUGUUUUGCACACCCUGAUCCAGAAAAUUUUGGAACAUUCUAGUUUCUUUAUCCGAACUAGGUUACUUGCUUUUCCUUCCCCAUACAAGGUUGAAUACAAAGAAGCCUGAUUGAAUUUGAAUUCUUUCAGAAGUUUUGGACAGCUUCCCUCACAGAAGGCUUCUUUCAUGGCUCUAGCUAGCCUAUGAGAAUAUAGAGUUAACAGUGUGAUCCUAUACUUACCUGCUCAAUGGGAAUUACUCCCAGGUAGGUGUGUAUAGGAUUGCAGCCUAAACAGUACAAAUAAUGUUUACAUUUUUCUUUUUGUUAGGAAAACAGCUAUACGUGCUUUCCACAUAUUUCAAUAAUGUAAAUUCUUGCAGUGCUUUGUAUAAUUGGAUACAGAACUACCCCCACUUUUCAACUCCAUUACACUUAGCAUUUAUGAAUGUAGUUGCCCAGCCACCAGAAGUGUGACUUUGAAAGCUAUGUAGUUACAGCCAAGAGGGAGCCACAGGAAUCCCAUAGUUUUGUGCUUAUUUCUUGAGUUUUAUCAUAUCUUAGUUUAUUGGUAUGUCUUCUGAAAUCAGAAUUUUUAAAAAUGCAGGGCUGAAUAUGUUUAUGUAAUCAGAAAUAUGCAUAAAUUAGUGCAAAAACAUUGAAGCAAUGGCUUCCAGAAGACCACAUUUCUAGCACUUUUACCAUUAAAAUUUAUACAUAAAUGAAGGAUUUCCAUGAUUUAUGGAACUGAAAUGAGAUUAUUAUUUAAUCCAUAGUAGAUCAUAUAUCUUAACUUCUUAAUAAUGUUUGCUGCUGGUAGUAAUGAUAGGUCUGGAAGUGGAGUGCACCUAGGAUAAUAGUUUUAAGAAUAUUGAUUUUGCUUAUCAAUACAAUUUUUCCUGGAGUUGAUAAACACAUCCUGAAGUGUCAAGCAAGUGCUUUUUGAACAUUGUAGGGCCAUGCAUUUGUUGAAAUAGGGGUAGGGGUUUGGUUGGUGAUACCUGUAAACGGGAGAUAAUAGGUAGUUCCUGAACACCUGAAAAAUUCCUAAACGUUAUGCCAGUUGUGACUGGUGCCCAUUGGGACUCGUAGCGCAGACUUCAGGGAGGCAAACAAUAGGGUGGAGCCAUAGCCAGUUACAGGCAGAGCCAGUUGAUUCUAAUUUUGCCCCCAUCCUCUUUCCUGUUGAGUUCAACAAGGAACUCAGUUCAAGACUGAGAUUAAGGACAGUCACUAGAUCUUCUGUUGCAGCAGUUUUUCUUUACAUUUGCAUAAAAAACUGAAUAUAUUUUGGUUUCAAAUCUGAUUGGUUGUUUUUUCUCAUAUUAGGCUAAAGAGAUACUUACAAAAGAAUCAAAUGUUCAGGAAGUACGUUGUCCUGUUACAGUUUGUGGAGAUGUCCAUGGUCAAUUUCAUGACCUUAUGGAGCUCUUUAGAAUUGGCGGGAAAUCACCAGACACAAAUUAUCUCUUCAUGGGAGAUUAUGUUGACAGAGGCUACUACUCAGUGGAAACUGUGACUCUUCUUGUGGCAUUAAAGGUAAGGUUUGUAGGUUCUGACUCCUGUGGUUUUAGAUUAAAAUAUGCUUAGUAAACAUUUUGCAAUGAGAUAAACUCCAUGCCACCUGGAGUAUAAUGGUGAUACCAGCUGAUGGAUCAUUACAACAUGUGUUUGUCCUUUAUGGCUAGGUGCGCUACCCAGAACGCAUUACAAUUCUGAGAGGCAAUCAUGAAAGCAGGCAAAUUACACAAGUAUAUGGCUUCUAUGAUGAAUGUCUACGGAAAUACGGAAAUGCCAAUGUUUGGAAGUAUUUCACAGAUCUGUUUGACUAUCUUCCACUUACAGCUCUAGUUGAUGGACAGGUAUGAUACUAUUAUUUUAGUGACACUCAUAAAAAAGCUUGGCUUCAGUAAACCUGGAAACCAUUACCAAGAAUGAUGCAGAUUUGUGGCGGGGAAAGGGAACUCCUGACAGCCCAGCAUUCCAUCCCAUAUGUGGUUUUGCCUUCAUAUUUGGUGGUAAUAGUACUGCCCUGUACUAAUGACUUAAAUUUCAUGUCCUUAAUUUGAAUUGUUAGGUGUAAAAUACAUAUUGUAUUUUGCAGAUAACGCUGUGAAGUGUGAAACAUACUUGUGUAUGGAGUUCAGAAACUCUAGUUUAAGAAAUGUUGGUGCUUUUUGUUGAUGUAGAAGGGGAAAAAAAGAUUAGCCAUUAAGUAAGCUACAGAACUUUUCACUGUGCAAAAAAUUGAUCGCUUUCUGGUGCUAUUUGAAUUGGAAUUUAAAAUGAGUUUGGCUUGGGUAUAAAAGUGCUUAUGUAACAAAAGUUUUAUUGGUUGAAGUGACCCUUCACUCUAGAACAAAGAAGCAAUUUUAAAAAGCCCUAGGAUUUUGAUACCCUUUCUUUCCCUCCUCUAGAUCAGUGUUCCCCAACCUUGGGCCUCCAGCUGUUCUUGGACUACAAUUCCCAUCAUCCUUGACCACUGGUCUUGCUAGCGAGGGAUGAUGGGAGUUGUAGUCCAAAAACAGCUGGAGGCCCAAGGUUGGGGAGCACUGCUCUAGAUGAUGCAGAUAGAAGGGGAUUGUUGAAAUGCUAUGAUAUCAACUAUAUUCACAGAGGAGGCGGAAAUUACUCUUUGCGCUGUAUUAUGCGGGCUUAGAUGUUAAUGCAUUUUGCCACAUUUUUAGCAUUGUGCUACUAAAUUGAUUGCUUUUGUGAAACCUGUUCGGGUUUACUGACAAACUAUGGUUAAUGGUGAUCAUGUGGCUGCUGAUAUAUUAUGAUUAUUAUUAACCAUAGUUAAUUGAAUCAAGGCAGCUUCAUAAACUGGCUUUUUGUUGACUUGUUUCAACAAACCACUGUUAAGAUUAAUUAUAUGUUGUCCAGAUUUAAUACAAGCUGCGUUUAGAGCAGAAGCAAAACUUCUAAACUCCUGGCAGCUGAAGAGGGUGGGGGAGGGGGGAACCUUAAGUUUGAGGCUCACUGCAGCUUAUUAUUGUAACCCUAAACAAUGGUUUUAGUGUUGCAUCUAAAGUGGCCCAAUGAAAAACCUGUUUCAGGUGAUCACACAAGCUGGUGAUUUUAAUCUUCGGUAGAAAUUUCUGUUCUCCCCUUGUGCAAAAACUGAGAAAGAAAGCAACACACAAGGCUCAUUGUCAAGUGCAUGUUGCGACAGUAGCAUAAGAAUUGGUUCUUGGUAUCAACAAAUACCUCAAGCGAAUGAGGAAUACAACCUCUUGGCAGUGCAAAUAAUACAUUUAUUCUGGUUCUUAUUCUUCUUCAGAUAUUUUGUCUCCAUGGAGGUCUUUCCCCAUCUAUAGAUACACUGGAUCAUAUUAGAGCUCUUGAUCGUCUGCAGGAAGUUCCACAUGAGGUAAUAUCAAUGAAAAUGCAUUGUGACUCAGAGUAUACAUUGAAUGGCAAAUAUAUACAUUAAAUAUAGAAUAGGGUUUGGUAUCAUAUCUUUGAACUGAAUCAGGCAAAUAUAAUAGCUAGACAAAAGGGUUGCAACGUGCAGUUGAUCAGUUAAUUGAUUAAAAAACGUGUUGGUUGCCUUAAUUAGUUUGCAGAUCUUUAACCUUUAAAAUUAUUUUUCAUUCUAGUAUUUAUAAAAAUGGGAUGCAGUCCUAGUUAUGCACCUGAGUAAGUUCUGUUGACCUUUGUGGGCCUUACUUCUGAGUAGACACGUAUAAAAUUGUACAGUAUGAGGCAUUCCCUGCUGUAUGUGUGUGUGGAAAUGCCUUUUAAAAUUUUGCAAGCUCUGGUCAGUCUUAAAAACCAAGAGUUUUUUUUCUUCUACAGUACUAUUUCUUAUGUAUGAAUUUAAUUGGAUGGCUAAAAAAUGAACAGACCAGAACUUCUACUUUAUAGUUUACCAUAAUAGGGUCUGUAAGAACAAAAUGUCUGCACAGCUUGGGUGUCAUAUCAAGCCCUGAAUUGGUGGUAUAGAUACUUUGUUCCAAUACUAUUUUUUCAGCUCUCCCUAAAUUCAAAGAUCUCAGGGUGGGUGACAAUAUUUAAAAUGAUAAUAACACAUCUAGUUACUUAAAUGAAAGCAGGUAAAAAUGGGGCUAAUAUUCAUAAAUGCCCAGCCUAGUGUUAGAAUGUCAAAAGCAUUGGGGCCUGAUUUAUCUCCAGGAGGAAGGCAUUUCAUAGUCAGAGCCACCACAGAGAAGGCCAUGGACCACAUAUCUGCAGUACUUCUUAACACAGAUGUUUCUCAAAUGGUUUAUUAUGUGCACUCAUGGCAGUGAUACAUGACUCAUUCAUUUGCACUGGAUUUUAGUCAACACAGAAUGCGCUUGGAUAACAACAGUUCUGUAGCAACUGGAGUUGCUCUCCUGUAACUUUACAAAGUGGCUAGUACAUUGCUACAGCUGAAAUAGGUUUUAAAAGAGCAAGACUAGCUUUUUGAGGAGGUUGAGAAUUUGUAAAUCUUCUCGAGCAGUUUAUGCAGUUGGCACCCCCUUCCCUAAAAGCACUUUGCAUCAGGAUUUAGCAUCUGCAUUCCAACAUACGUAGGAAGCACAAGGAUAUGUGGACUGGUCCAGUCCCCAGCAUCUCAGGCACACCCGGCUUUUCCAAGUUAAGCAGGGAAAUCUCAAUGAGAAUUCUAAACGUGCUUGAAUAAGUGAGGAUAGAAGCUCAUUCAGACCUUAGUGGGGGUGGGUGGAGUAGACAGAGUCAUGCAGGGACCUUGGUAGACAUGAUGCCUGAAUAGGGCUAUUGUCUUGUAUAAAUAGAAUUAUUCUGGGCAUUUGUAAAUAAUAAUUUGGCUGUCCAUACAUGAGUUGAAAAUUGUGGUGUUAAUUACUUUAGAAAGUUGAGUUAUGCCUGCAACCUGGCUUUGAAAGUUUACCACAUGCUUGGUUUAGAAUGCUUUACUAUAAUCAGUGCAUAAAAUUUCUGUAGCUCUGUUUUGUUUGAGCUGCAAGGUAGAUCAUGGCUCCUUUCUUCUGUUUGCACCACAAUGACUAUGUAGUUUAAGAGAGAGACAGACGUGCAUCUACAGUGCUGUAUAGUUAGAAGGUACAUUUUAAACUGAUGCUGAUGUCAUGCAAAGUUUGCUAGAUGAGUCAGUUCUGAGAUUAUGCACAGCUUUCACAUUGGAAGGGUGUAGACCCUUUAACUAAAACAUUUCGUUUGUGUGCUUGAAGCUGGAAUUAUGCCUAGGUACUUUGCAUGCAAGAGCUGAUCUUGCAGGAUCCUGGCAUCCCUCAGCUGUUCUUUUGGAUUUUCCUUCUUUGUUUAGCUGUCAUCUGGUUUCCGUUCUUUCUUUUGGGAAUUGCAUUAGUUUUUCUCAGUGCCUUUACUGCCUCUGGUCCUUUCAACCUAGUUUUCAUUUCAACUGAAAUUACACUUUUUCUUUACCAGUUUUCUCUCUAAACAGCACUGUGGCUUUUCUGUUCAACUUGAUCUUUUGCCAGAUACACGCACAAUAGUUCACAUACUGGUGAUGUUCAUUUAUAUUUUCCUGUUUUUUCCUAGUAUCCUUUUUUCUAAUUAUCAUUUUUUCAUCCUGCUUUUAGUUCUUCUGCUCCAUCUGUGUUUGUUUCUGGUAUUAUUUUCUUUUUGGCUUGGAAUGUAUGUAUUUUGUUUUGAUGCUUUUACUUCAUACACUUCUUUGUUUGCCAAAUUCAUCUGCUAAGUUUCUCAUCACUUUUACAGGGGGGUUGGGUGAUUUUUUUCUAUUGAUACUGUUCACUUCUCUGAUUUUCACACUUGUUUUCUCUAGAUAGGUUUCAUUUUCAAAUUCCUGAAGACUGUAGCAAACAACUUUUCCUAUUUGUCUGUAAAAUGUUUUUAUUAAAUAGAAUAUGCAAUAUACUUAAGAGAUCCAGGAGCUUAACACUUUUUAGAUUACCUUUUGCAAUAUUUUCCCCUUUAUGUAACAUAUUGUACCAUUUUCUUUGAACAGGGCCCAAUGUGUGAUCUGUUAUGGUCAGAUCCAGAUGAUCGUGGUGGCUGGGGGAUUUCUCCACGUGGUGCUGGCUAUACAUUUGGUCAAGAUAUCUCUGAAACAUUUAACCAUGCCAAUGGGCUUACAUUGGUGUCCCGUGCUCACCAACUUGUAAUGGAGGUAUAAUUACUCUGUUGCACCUAGCCACCUAAGGCUUAAAAAUGAAAGUCUGUCUUUUUUGGAAAGAAGGUUAUAUAGUCUCAGCAUCUUGAAUUUUUAUGCCAUGUAGUAGGCACCAAAAAUGUUCAGUAUCUUAGAGGUGUAAAUUAGUAUAGUAUUCAUCAAGAAUUAUUAGAACAAUAUUCAGAGUAAAUAAAAAUGUUUACACGUAUCACAAAUAUAUGGUUCAGUUAACUUUAUUUGCCAAUGUACCAGUUAAUCCUGUAAUAUUAAUGUCUCUGUGACUGAUUUUAGUUUAUACUAAAUUAAUUUUAAGGGGACGUUUCAAGUGAGCAUCUUACAUUUUCCAAUUUGCUAGUGGCUAGGGUUUGAUAAUUCGCCACGAGUUACAGAGAAUGUUUAAAGAUGUAAAAAUUGGUGUUUGCAUUUGAACAUAAUUAGUAUUCAUUGAGAUAGUGCAGAACAUGUUUGCUCUGACUCUGAAAUAGUUUAUUUUGUACCAGUGAAAAUAUAUAAAGCAAGGUAGGGUGCAUUCCUAAGGUGGUGCGGAGGGCGAGUCAAAGAUGGUCCUGCUGGGCUUGUGCCAGCACUGUGAAAGGGAGGCCAAAGGAGCAGUCUUAUGCUACUCCGUCCUUUUCUUUUUAUUUAAACUAUUUCCCUACCAUUGGGACCAAUGCAAGGGAGAUAGAAAGGAAUAAAGUUUUCAGCUCCUGGGCUGUAGUUUUGUCCCUGGUGUGGGACUUGUCAGGGUACUGGGAAGGCAUUAGAUCAAAGUAUUUUGGCCUAUCCCCAGCAUGUCUCUUUAUCACCUCUGAUCAGGGUAGAGUAAGAGUUGUGGAAGUUUCAGCUAUGCAGAAGGGGAAUUUAGUGUCAGAGCUUGCUUUCUGCUGCCAGAGAAGGGAAUUAGAUGCUUCCUGUGACCCCUGGAUCUCCCUCCUCAGGGUCAUGGGAUUACUGGCCUUACACCUUUUAAUCUAGUUAUACCUUUUCAAGAAGAAAUUGGUUGAUACUUUUAACUGAAAGCAUUUUCUUCCCCCCACUGCAGGGUUACAACUGGUGUCAUGAUCGGAAUGUGGUCACCAUUUUCAGUGCACCCAAUUACUGUUAUCGUUGUGGGAACCAGGCUGCUAUCAUGGAACUAGAUGACACUUUAAAAUAUUCCUUGUAAGAAACAUGAGCUUGUUUUAACAAUGGGGGUGAGGUUGCAGGGGGUAAAGUUCUCUGGCUUGUGUUAAGUGUUGAUGAAUUCUAUAGAGUACACCACUUUUGCAGUAUGAACUCUAAAGAAUAUCUCAUGGGCCUAGUUUAGAUAUGCUGGAAGCCUAGUUAUGGUUUAGCACAAAUGUGUGGACUCGUGGAAAGGAGUUUGCGGUCACUUUGCUCCUUUCCAGUUGUUUUGCUGCUGCACGGAGUGGGACAAAGCUUAGCCCAUCAUAUUGAAAUCUGGGCUCGGGGAUUAGCUCAUCUGGACAAGCUACAAGCCAUAACCCAUAGGACAAACUUUGGUUACAGCUUGUGGUCAGGCUGCAGAGAGCUAAACCACAAGCUUAACCACUUCACGUUUGGGUGACGUGAAGUUAUGGCUUAGUUCAGUAGCAGGCCAUGGGGGAGAAAAACUGCUCACAUUCCAAGGCUUAGUGUGAUGUGCAAACUAGGCCCUAAUGUUCAGAAAAUGAUAGCUAAAACAUAAGUAAUAUUUUUGAAACUAUGUUAAAGAAUACUGCAUUUUGUUGUUAACAUCACUCACGUUGAAUUGCUACCUCGUCUAACCAAAGAACAGGACACAUUAAUUUGGGAAUUACACCACAAAAUAGUCACCUUCAAUGUAGGGACAGAAUUUUAAACAAAUCAUGAUUAAAACUAUGCUAAAUGAGUCCAUUUUUAUUUCAGCGGAACUUCUCCCGCUCAAGCCCUAAUAGAGGGUGAAAGUAUGGGAAAUGAUGACUGAAAUAUUGAUAACGUUUGUUGCAGUUAAUAAAACUACAAUUUCCCUUUUUUGAUUCAGUGUUGCAUACCAUUUAGUGAAAUAUGGGUAAUUGUCUACCGUAGUCAAGCAAGCACAAACAUUGUCCUCUUGAAAUCCUAAACCCUUGGCCAAAAUAUUAUUUUCAGUUUUGGCAAACCUGAAUGAUCUUUGUUGGCCUGACAUUCUGCAAUAAAAUAGCUUAAGAAUGGAACUCGUGGAAAUGAGAGUGGGGAGAGGACAGGUAUGGGAUUUAAUUAAUAAAAAUGCAGCAGUUAAUGCAACAAAGCACUUAAUCAGCCUUUUCCUUUUAACAGCCUUCAAUUUGAUCCAGCGCCUCGCCGUGGAGAGCCUCAUGUUACUCGGCGUACCCCAGACUACUUCCUAUAAACAUCUCUUCCUCAGCCUGACCUUGAUCAGUAGUAGUACACCUGGCAAUUUUUGAAAAGCAACAAUUUGUGAUAAGUUGAGGUCUGUCUCAGCGUAAAGCCUCUUCAUGGACCAAACUGUGCCAUAAUGAGGAUGACGAGCUUUUGAGCACAACUUCAGAUGGACUUCAACGCACUAAUCAAUCCUUUAUCAGCCAGUCCAACAGCCAGUUUGCCUGCUGUAACUAUAGUAAUUGUUUUCUUCUGGACUAUUCAAAGAGGAAAGGUAACUAACAAACUCAUCUCCCUGUCAUGCUUACUUGUAAAUUUUAGUUGUAGUGUUUAACUGGCAUGUAUUAACAUUUUGAAGUUUAAGAAAAAUGCACAAACUAACUUCCUUCUUACGCCUAUCGCCCUCUAUUUUAUUGACAUAAGUAAUUUAACUGCAGAAGAAAGUUCCUCUUGGGAGUAUGUUGUCAUAAGCUUUCCCUCCAUUUAAGCUAGAUUACUGUUCUGUGUUGAUCCUACCUUUUUUCUGUAUAUUUGUCAAAGUGCUUGCAUCUUAUUUGAUGUAUUUGAGCAAAUAAACUUGCAGAUCAUUACUCCAAUCAGAUGGGUACACUGAAAUGAAAUAAUUUCUCUUUCUCAUUCAUU